GAUAAAUGGAGUCCAGUUCUCAAGAGAUUGAAGAAAGUAUACUGAAAGAGACAACUAAGAUACACAAAAAGAUAUCAUCAGAAAUCUUUAGAGAUUUUGAAACAAGAGUAAAUCUAUCAAUAUCAAGAUUUGGAUGGCUAUUAAAUAAAUCAACAAAAUAUCAUUCAAACUGCCUUCUAAAUAAAUUAUCUUCGAUUCCCUUGUCACCCCUGAGCUGCUUGGUCCUUUGGCAAAAAGAUAAUCAACAAGGAUUCAAUAAAUUUCUAGAUAGGUCCUCAGUGAAUUGGAUUAGUGAGUCUGUAGUCAGGCUAGAUGUGAAGAAGAAGAAAUAUGGGGUUUAUGAAAGGAAGAUUUUGAGAGUUCUUCCUAGUGUGAUGGAAAGGCUUGUGCUUGGUAAUUGAAUUGUCAAUAAGAACCAAUUCAGAAAAAUCAUUCAAGCUGGAAGGCACAUUCCCCAUAUAUCUUUUAAAAAUUGUGAUCUUUCUAUUGACAAUCUCAAGUUCAGCAAUUCAAUACAAUACUCUAUUAAAUAUAUCGGCAUCAAGAUGAAGAAAAACAAUGAAUUUCAGUCUCCCACAGAAAUAUUGAGGAUCAGCCAAACCCUGUUCUUAGCAGCUUCAUCUACAGACCUGAAGUUAUCUAUGAAAGGGUUUUAUACAGACAUCUCUGAAGCUAUUGACCAAAUCAGAGAAAAUGCUAUUGAAUUUGGAUUUCACAAGUUAUCCAUCCCAAAUUAUCCUAAGAUUUGCUAAUAACAAUCAUCUUUUUCGAUCUUUAAGUAAAGGCACUAAUUUCUAAUAAGAAAUUUGGUU